UCCGGGCGGCGCGGAACGGAGCAGGCAACGGCCGGUGGAGCAGCAUGCCCAAGUUUUAUUGUGACUACUGCGAUACAUACCUCACCCAUGACUCUCCAUCUGUGAGAAAGACACACUGCAGUGGUAGGAAACACAAAGAGAAUGUGAAAGACUACUAUCAGAAAUGGAUGGAAGAGCAGGCUCAGAGCCUGAUUGACAAAACAACGGCUGCAUUUCAACAAGGAAAGAUACCUCCUACUCCAUUCUCUGCUCCUCCUCCAGCAGGGGCGAUGAUCCCACCUCCCCCCAGUCUCCCGGGUCCUCCUCGUCCUGGGAUGAUGCCAGCACCCCAUAUGGGGGGACCUCCCAUGAUGCCAAUGAUGGGCCCUCCUCCUCCUGGGAUGAUGCCAGUGGGACCUGCUCCUGGAAUGAGGCCACCCAUGGGAGGCCACAUGCCAAUGAUGCCUGGGCCCCCAAUGAUGAGGCCUCCCGCCCGUCCCAUGAUGGUGCCCACUCGGCCAGGAAUGACUCGACCAGACAGAUAAGGACCAAGGGCAGCCGCUUUGUAUCAGUUUUAUAUUGCUUAUACUACUUCACCAGGAGCUCAUGGUGCUUUGACUCUGAGUGUUUUCUAACAGCAUGACAAGAAAGACUUGCUACUCCUUUCUAUCAAAGAGAGAAUAGUUUUGGAGUGGAGUAGUAGACAAAAACAAAAGAGGGCAAUUUUUGCUUGUAUUGUGAUUUGUGAAAAUAAAAUUGUCAACUCUUUUAGUUAAAAAUGUGUUCCCAUUUUUAUCCCCUCUGUAUUCUUCGUGUAUUAUAAAGGAAAUGAAACAUUC